AUGCCUCCCACUCGAGCUUCCAUGAACCAUCGGGCUGUCAUGAACGAGAACGACGAGAAUACUACUGGCGGGCGCCGUCUAACUAGAUCCAAGUCAGCUAUGUUCGGCGACGAUUCCGCCUCCGGUGCGAAGAAACCCCUUCAGUCCAAGAAAGCUGCUGCCGUCAACAACCAACCACUUCGCAAGCGUGCUGCGUUAGGAGAUGUCAGCAAUGUCACUAAGGGCGAGAUCUUGGAGAGCAAGAAGAACGCAGGAAAGGGUGGUCUCGUUUCCAAGGCAUCUCAACCAACCGGUGUCCAGAAGAACGUGUCCCGUACAAACUCCACAAGAAAGGUUCUGGGUGCCAAGGACAACAACAAGAAGGCGGAGGCAAAGCGUACAGGAUCUGGUGUUCUUGCUGGCAAGCGCAAGUCGAGCUCGACCUCUGCGAACAACGCGUCUAUCAAGGAACAGACCCCGGCGGAGGAUGAGCAACCUUCGAGGAAGAAGAUCCACAUUGAAGUUGAGGAGCAGGUCGUGAUCGCGGAGGACUUCGCGCCCGAGGUGAAGGAAGAGGCCAAGGUUGUCGACGAGGAGUCAGUCAGUCAACAGUUCGCCGAGGGUGUCGAGGACUUGGAUCGGGAGGAUCUUGAUGACCCAUUGAUGGUUGCCGAGUACGUCGUUGAGAUCUUCGACUACCUCAAGAAGUUGGAGGUUGCCAGCCGACCCAACGCGGAUUACAUGGAGCAUCAAGAGGAUCUCGAGUGGAAGAUGCGUGGUAUCCUUAUUGACUGGUUGGUCGAGGUCCACACCCGUUUCCACCUCCUACCCGAAACACUCUUCUUGGCCGUCAACAUCAUCGAUCGCUUCCUCUCUACCAAGGUUGUUCAACUUGAUCGUCUUCAAUUGGUUGGUGUUACGGCUAUGUUCAUCGCAUCGAAGUAUGAAGAGGUCCUCUCCCCACAUGUCGCUAACUUCCGUCGCGUCGCGGAUGAUGGAUUCACUGAGGAUGAGAUCCUGAGCGCCGAGAGAUAUGUCCUCACUGCCCUAAACUACGACCUCAGCUACCCCAACCCCAUGAACUUCCUCCGCCGUAUCUCAAAGGCCGAUAACUAUGAUAUACAGACCCGUACCCUGGGAAAGUAUCUCAUGGAGAUCAGUCUUCUUGACCACCGCUUCAUGGAGUACCUGCCCAGUCACAUCGCCGCGGCUUCCAUGUACCUGGCCCGCAAGAUCUUGGACAGAGGUGAAUGGGACCCAACCUUGGCUCACUAUGCUGGCUACAGCGAGGAAGAAAUUGAGCCCGUCUUCAAGCUCAUGGUUGACUACCUCGCCCGUCCGGUCACUCACGAGGCAUUCUUCAAGAAGUAUGCUAGCAAGAAGUUCCUUAAGGCAUCCAUUCUCACCAGACAAUGGGCCAAGAAGCACGCCGCAGCUCUCGGUGUUGACGUCGACCUUCCUCUGGAGGCCGCACGUUGA